CGCCAACCCCAAACGCCCCAUGCGCCUCCGCCGAGCACAGAUGCCCUGCGUGUGAGACAGCUGACGAUCCUGCUGCCGCCCACUGCAAUUCGACCCGCGCAGGCAUGGAAAGCAUCUCGGACACGGAGAGCAGGAGCUCCCAGGAUGCGCCACGCAACGAGGGCGCCGCCGACACCACAGAGGAGAACAAGUUCCAGAAGGCCAUCGGCGCGUGGCGCAACAUUGACCUGACAAGCCUCGUUCCGCAGCUCGACACGGUAGCCUCCGACCUCGUCGCACACCAGCGGGACACGCUCACCCAGCGCAAAGACCUCGCCCAGAAGACAAAGGACUUCCGCAAGCUCGACGAUGCAAGCAAGCUCAACGACAUCAAGGGCCUGCUGAAGUCGUACCAGGGCUUCAUCGACCUCAUCUCGAACCAGUCCAAGUCGGUGCAGGCCGCCUUCUUCCAGCUCUACUCGCCGCUGUCCGAAGCACCCGACCCAUAUCCGCUCCUCGAAGCCUCCAUCGACUCGCUGGUCACCGCCGAGGAGACUGUCCCAAAGAUCACCGCCGAGAAUGAGCGUCUGCAGAAGACAGUAGCAAGACUAACGUCACAGCUGGAAGACGCGGAGAAGAAGCUCGAGGAGGAACGCAUCGCACGCAAGACCUUGGAGGACAGCAGAGACACCAAGAUCAAGGACGUCGAGGCAUCCUGGGAAGCUGUGCUGAGCGAGAAGCAGGACAACUGGGAGUCCAAGGAGAAGAGCCUGGAAGAGAAGGUCGAGAGCCAGGACCGCUUGCUGAAGGAGCUGAAGGCGAGCUACGAGGUCUCGCAGAGGCUUGGCAAGGGCGAAGACGCCGAGGGCGACACCGGCCGGGGCGCGACAGCUGCCGAGCUCGAGAUUGUUAGCUCCGAGCUGGAGAGGACGAGCCAUCGCCUGGCCGAAGUCGAGGCUCGGAACGAACAGCUGCGUCGGGAGCUGGCACAAUCCGCCUCCGCUCAUGUCACCCAGCCAGUGCCGGUCGAAGAUGAUCCAGCUUUCCUCCGCCUGCAGUCCGAAAACUCGUCUUUGUUGCGCAAGCUGGAGUCGGCUCGGUUCGAGAAGGACUCUGACAAGGCCCGCCUGGAGACAGAAACACGCAGCCUGGAGCGCGAGAUCAAGGCCCUGAAGAGCGAGAAGGACGCCCUUCGCGAGAAAGUCCAGAAGUGGAGCGACUAUGAGAAUGUGAAGCAGGAACUCGAAGUGCUCAAGUCCAUAGAGUUCGCGACAGGUGACGAUGACGAUGAAGCCACCGAGAUCGCAUUGUCGCAAAACGGCGGCGCCAGCAAGGGCAAAGGCGAGACUCUAGAGCAGCUCCUCCUCGCCCGCAACAAGAAGCUCAGCAACGAGCUCACUGUCCUGCGCGUCUCACACCAGGACCUCCAAACUCGCCUCGAAGCCCUCCAAGAAGAGCUCUCCAACACCAACAUGGAGCUCGAGAAAUCCAAGAACCUUAAUGAAACCCUAGAAGCCGAUCUCGAAAAGGUCCAGCAGGAAGCCUCCAACGCCUUCGACCCGUCCGCCAUGUCAGUAGCCGGCACUUACACCUCGCGCUACCCGCAGUCCUCCUUUGCACCCUCCACCCGCCGCGGACGCGCCUCCUCGCCUACCUCCUCCAUCAUCUCCGGCUUCGACCCAGCCUCCGGCCCCCAAGGCGCCACCCUCUCCGCUCCCGGAAACGCCGGUAUCCUCCCCAUGGUAACCGCGCAGCGCGACCGCUUCAAAAAGCGCAACACGGAACUCGAAUCCGAGCUCCAAAAGUCCUAUACCACCGUCUCCUCCCUGCGCUCCGAAGUCGCCGCCCUGCAAAAGGACAACCUCGACCUCUACGAGAAAACGCGCUAUGUCUCGUCUUACAACCGCGGACCCGCAGCCUCGACCGGGGCCUCCCACACGCCCCUCUACACUUCAAAUGAUACGUCGAGCGGCCUAACACUGGACCGUUACCGCUCCGCCUACGAGUCGAAUAUCAGCCCCUUCGCCGCGUUCCGCGGGCGCGAGUCCGCACGCGCGUUUAGGAGGAUGCAUGUCCUUGAGCGCUUCGUCUUCCGCGUCACGCGACUUGUGCUGCAGACGCGGACGAGCAGGAAUGUGUUCGCGGCGUAUCUCUUCGGGCUGCAUUUUAUGGUGUUUUACAUGUUGUUUUCGUAUACCGGGGGAAGUGCUGGGGCGGCGAUUGCAGAGGUCGCCGCCGCGGGAGGCCCAAUCGCCGCGGCGGCGGACGAGGGGACGGUGUGGCAGAAGGAGGGAUUUGAUGCGGCGGGUGCGGGGACGUAGUCUGAUGAAGUUUCGUGAGUGGCUGGUGGGUUUUCCUACGUUUGGCGUAGAAGGUCAUGUCGUGUACGAUUUUCAGCGUAUCGUUUGCUGUUGGUAUAAUGCCGGGAUCUGGUAGCAUCGCAUCUUGAUAGUCCAGGAAUGAAGGCCG